GUCAAUCAUAUCGAUCCCUCAACGUGGUUAGAUCGGCCAUCUCAGCGACACACAUCCCGGUACAAGGCAUUUCGGUUUGUCGGCUACCGCAGGGUGCUAAACUGUCGAGAGCUCCAGCACCGAAAUAUUCACGCCUGUGGCAUGUGGAUGUGGUGA